GCACAUUAUAUGUGAAUGCGAGUUGCAUCUGAAAUUGUUGUAAACAGCGAGAGCGAUUUGCAUGAAAGAAUGGCAGGAAAGUACAUGCCGCGAUCCAAUUCGCGAAUGACAGUGUUCCUCUUCCUCCUCGGUUUCUCUCUCCUCUUAAUCCUCUUCUCUCUCUCUCCUCUCCGCACGCCUCCUCCUUCUUCCGCCACGCACUUCCACGUUCCCGACGCCGAAACCUCCUUCCUCGCCUCCCUCGACCACUUCCUCGCCAACACUCCCACGCCACUCUCCCUCUCCGACGAACAACAUCAAGACACCACCAAGCUCGACGACGCCGUUUAUCGCUCCGACAUGGACAGGCUCUACUCCGAUCCUUACUACCCGCUCCCCCUUCCCCUUAGGGUUUACGUCUACGACAUGCCCCGCAAAUUCACCUACGAUUUGCUCUGGCUCUUCAAAAAAACUUACUCAGAUACCUCAAAUCUCACCUCCAAUGGAAGCCCCGUUCACCGUCUCAUCGAACAGCACUCCAUUGAUUACUGGCUCUGGGCGGAUCUCAUCGCUCCCCAAUCGGAGAGGCUCUUGACCUCCGUCGUUAGGGUUCACCGGCAGGAGGACGCUGACUUGUUCUACAUACCAUUCUUCACCACCAUCAGCUUCUUCCUCAUGGAAAAACAGCAAUGCAAGGCCCUUUAUAGGGAAGCUUUGAAGUGGAUCACUGAUCAACCUGCAUGGAAGCGUUCUGGUGGUAGAGAUCACAUACUCCCAGUGCAUCAUCCCUGGUCUUUUAAGUCUGUUCGCAGAUACGUCAAGAAUGCAAUUUGGCUGUUGCCUGAUAUGGAUUCCACUGGCAACUGGUACAAGCCUGGACAGGUUUUUCUGGAGAAAGACGUCAUUCUUCCUUAUGUUCCCAAUGUUGAUUUAUGUGAUGCCAAAUGUUUAUCUGAGACGAAUCAGAAGAGAAGCACGCUGCUUUUCUUUCGGGGCCGGCUUAAAAGAAAUGCGGGAGGGAAGAUUCGCUCUAAACUUGGAGCUGAAUUAAUUGGUGCCGAUGGUGUGAUUAUAGAGGAGGGAACAGCUGGAGAGGGGGGUAAAGAAGCUGCUCAAAGGGGCAUGCGCAAGUCUCUAUUUUGCUUAAGCCCAGCUGGUGACACUCCAUCCUCUGCUAGAUUAUUUGAUGCUAUUGUUAGUGGAUGCAUCCCAGUUAUAAUUAGUGAUGAGCUGGAGCUUCCUUUUGAAGGAAUACUUGAUUACAGAAAGAUAGCAUUGUUCAUUUCUUCUAAUGACGCUGUAAAGCCAGGUUGGCUUUUGAAAUAUUUAAGAGGCAUUAGACCUGCUCAUAUCAAAGAAAUUCAACAAAAUCUUGCCAAGUACUCGAGGCAUUUCUUGUAUUCUAGUCCUGCUCAACCAUUGGGUCCUGAAGACUUGGUUUGGAAAAUGAUGGCUGGCAAGGUGGUGAACAUCAAGCUUCACACCAGAAGAUCUCAACGGGUAGUGGAAGGGUCUAGAAGUCGGUGUACAUGUGAAUGCAGGCCUGGCAACACCACUAAUACUGCUUCAAUAUUUUCUUGAAUCACUUUGUUUUCUAUAUAAUUUUAUUAUCUGCGGUUUUGCUCAUCCGCUCCCACACCACCCUUGACCCUUGUAUUUGUCUCCUGCAUUUUUAUUUUUUUUUGUAUUCUUUGGUGGGCUAGUUUGUUGUAUAACUUGAUUAACUAAAAUAGUACAUGACGGAAAAAAAGAAUUUUCACGUUGUCCUCUGCAGUAUGAUUAGCUUUGGAUGAAAGCUAAUGGUAAUCAAAGAUCAUAAUUGUCUUUGCCUUUAA